ACUCAGGACCGUACAUGGGUCGGAUCUGUAUCGAAGGAAAUCUUGGAGUCUCUUAGCAAAGAAGAAAUAAAACGUCAGGAAAUUAUUUUUGAAACUAUAUAUACAGAAGAAGAUUAUGUGAAGGACUUAGAUCUCAUAGAAGAGCUUUAUAUAAAGGGACUUUAUACAGCUUCACCGCCAGUUAUUCCUCCGCCUCAACUUGAAGGCUUCAUUCAAGAAAUUUUCUUUAACGUCUUAAAAAUUCGUGACCAUAAUCGAAAAAUGCUUGAACAACUACAAAGGCGACAAAAGGAAGAUCCAGUGGUGAAAGUUAUAGGGGACAUAUUUUUUGCUUGCGCGGUAGAAUUUGGUAAUGAUUAUAUAGAUUACAACGGACAUUUUCCCAUCGCUGACAAUCUUAUUAAGGCUACUAAAUUAAGGAAUCCUGAAUUUAAAAGAUUCUUGGAGCAAUGUUCACGGUCGAAAGAAGCUCGCAGACUUGAUUUUCGUCAUUUCAUACAACGGCCUACUACACGUUUACAACGAUAUACAUUAUUACUUGAACAGAUUAAGAAGCAUACACCAGAUAAUAACAAAGAUAAAGAAUAUCUUGACGAUGCUCUGCAAACAAUUCGUCAACAAUGCGUUGUAAGCGAUAAUAGAGUUCACGAAGCCGAAAAUCGACUGAAGAUAUUGGAAAUUGAACGUAAAUUGGUCAAAAAAGAUGGAGGACCUUACAAUGAGCUUAAUCUUUCCGAUCCAAAUCGACAACUUUUAUUCAAGGGUGAAUUACAAAAGAGAACUAAUCUUGAUAAACAGGAUCUAUUAGUAUUUCUCUUUGAUAAUUAUUUGGUCAUGACAAAGGAAAAGAAGGGGCCUGAUGGCGAGAUGAAAUAUUUUAUAUCAAAAAAGCCCAUUCCUUUAAGUUUCCUCAUUAUAGAUACUCCUAGCGAAACCCUACAAACGAAGGCUGCAACGUUUCAUAUCAAUAUUAAACCACUUGAUAAAGUUCGGACAAGAACUAAUAGUACAAUGCAAUCUCCUAGUUCACCACAAAUUAUUACCGAUCUUGAAGGCCAAGACAGCACUUAUGGUCGGUAUCCGUUCACUAUCCUUCACAUUGGGCGACAUGGAGGUCAAUAUCAAUUAUUUGCUGAUUCAGCGAAUACACGGAGACUAUGGAAAGAUAGAAUACAAGACGCACAAACCAAGCUUUUAUCGAACGAUGAUGUUAAUAAACAGAUAUUUGAAAUAUUUACAUUAAAUGAUUGUACCUUCGUAAGUGGUGUAUCUUCAGCUAAUGUUGGAACAUCAGGAGCAUCUAUAUCAAGAAGCAAAGUGACUUGUUCCGUACCCUUCGUUACAGCAGAGAAACGUAACAUGGUCGCUAUUGGGGCUGAAGAUGGUGUUUGGAUGGGAUUCGGAGGAGAAGUGGGGACUUUCAAGCAAGUUUUAACUGUCAGUAAUGUGACCCAGAUGGCAGUUCUUGAAGAUUUUGGAAUAUUUGUCGUGUUAUGUGAUAGGACACUCUGGGCAUUUUCUCUGGAAGCUAUAAUACCAUCAUCAUCGUCAAGUGGAAGUUCUAACCAACCAUAUCGCCAACGCCUAAGUGCUAAUAACAAUGUCCAAUAUUUUAAUGUUGGCGUUAUAAAGGAAAGGAAUUCUACAAAGGAAAAAACUUUAGUGGUAUACAUGAAAAAGAGGGGUUUAGAAAGUCACUUUAAGGCUUUGGAGCCUAUAUGCGCUGUUGGCUCAAGUAGUGAUAAAUCAAAAACAUCAUCUUCACGCCGUGGUGCGUUUGCUAAUUUAAUUCAUUCAAAAACUGAAUGGUUCAAGGAGUACAAGCAAUUUUAUAUCCCAUCCGAAUCAUAUUCGGUGAAUUUCCUAAGGUCUAAACUUUGUGUCGUAUGUACACGUGGGUUCGAAAUCGUAAAUUUGGAUACUCUACAAAAUGUAACUAUUCCCGAUGCCGCGGAUCCAUCAUUCUCUCAAUUGGGGAGGAGACUAGAAACAUCCAAACCACUUGGAAUGUUUAGAUUGAAUGAUGAUGAAUUUUUAUUAUGCUAUGACGAUAUAUUCUUUUAUGUUAAUAAACAUGGCGAAUUAUCGCGCAAAGAUGUGAUGGAAUGGGAAGGUCAUCCCGAAGCAGUAGCAUUGCAUCUUCCCUAUAUUAUUGGUUUUGAUCCGUUGUUUAUCGAGAUACAUGACGUUGAGACGGGAAAGCUAUUGCAAGUAAUAGCGGGAAAGAACAUGCGAUGUUUGAACGAUAAUUCUUCAGGAAAACAUGCAAUACAAGCAGUUAUGCAACAUCCUUAUCAUGAUGCACAAUACAUAUUCCAAUUAGUAGCGGCAGACAUCAGAAGGCAUGAUAGUUAUAGAUCAUCUCGUUAA